AAAAUAAGAGGGCGAGAAUUGGCCCAUGCUGGCCCUGCCUCCUGCCCCACGUGACCGGCCUCGCCAUGAGCCAUCUGGUGCAGCCACCGGUCAAACUUUAAAGCCUUCAAGCCCUCUUUCCCCCACCUCUCCCUCUCUCUCUCUCUUUCCCUCCCUCUAUGAACAAGCAGUGGUAGGUCGGCGGACGCCAUGGCGAGCAGCGGCGAGGUGCAGAGAUCGCUUCAGGCGGUGGCGCAGGGGCUGCGGUGGACGUACGCCAUCCUCUGGCAGCUCUGCCCCGACCAAGGGAGCGCACUGGUGUGGGUGGAGGGGCACUACAACAGCGCCAUCAAGACGCGCAAGACGGUGCAGCCGGCCGUCGCCCAGGCGCAGGCGCCGGCGGCGGCGGCGGAGGCAGCCGACCAGGCCCGGAGCCGGCAGCUGCGGGAGCUGUUCGACUCGCUGGCCAGGGAGGCUGCCGCGGGCGGCGGGACAGGCUUCAGGGACGUCCACGGCUGCGCCCAGGAGGCUCGGCGGCCCAGUGCGGCGCUGGCGCCGGAAGACCUGACGGAGACGGAGUGGUUCUAUCUCAUGUCUGCCUCCUACUCCUUCCCUUCCGGCGUCGGGUUACCUGGAAGGGCCUUUGCAAGGGGAGGGCACGUAUGGCUUAGUAGAGCAAAUGAAGUUGACAGCAGGGCAUUCUCAAGAGCAAUACUUGCCAGGAGUGCAGGAAUCAAGACGAUCGUAUGCAUGCUGAUUGUCGACGGUGUCCUGGAGAUCGGGACCACAAAAAAGAAAAGGUGAAUUCACAUUGUGGAGGAAGAGAUAGGUUUGGUCCAGUAUGCGAUGGCCAUCUUCAUGGAUCAACAAGAAGCCCACAUGAUCCCCAGCAUCUGCCAUUCCAACCAAACCAGCCACAUUGAUCAACAGUCAUUCCAGACACACACUUGUCAGACAAAGCAGGAGCCAAACAAGUUUGACACGGAGUACGAGGAUGAUGAGAUGGAGUACGACGACGACGACGAGAUCGACGCGGGGUGCGCAUCGGGUUCAGCAAGCGAUGAUGAUCAGGCAACACAUAAUGCAAGGAGCAGCGAGCUGAUGCAGGUUGAGAUGUCAGAAAGGGGGAGAGAUGGCUGCUCAAGCAACCUGGGCGAUGAGAUCCAAAUGCUGAUGGUCUGCCAGAACGGUACUAGUGACCAUUCCAAUUUGCAUGGGCAAGAUGAGCCUUGGCAUUUUCUCUACGAGGAGCUAUGCAGUGGCUACCCUCAAUCGUCAGGUGAAGACCAAGCAAUGGCUGAAAAUGCUCACUACGCACAGACAGUCUCGCUGAUCCUGCACCGCAACAACGCCCUGAGACAAGCCGACGGCCUGCACACCGGGUCCUACCUGGCAAUCUCGCACCGAUCUUCAUUCUCCAGAUGGGAUGCUGGCAUCCAUGGACGCACGGUCGCCCAAGGCGCCGCCCGGCAGAAGAUGCUCAAGAGUGUCCUCCUGUUCUUCAAUGCUACCUGCAACAAGCCACCUGGUGAUCUGAGGUGCGACGAAGCCGGUGCGCGGAGGGAGGUCGACUUCGGCGCCAGCCAUGUCAUGCAGGAGCGGAAGAGAAGGGGGAAGCUCAACGAGAGGUUCAUCAUCCUGCGGUCCCUGGUGCCCUUCGUCACCAAGAUGGACAAGGCCUCGAUACUCGGCGACACGAUCGAGUACGUGAAGCAGCUGACGAAACGUAUCCAGGACCUUGAAUCAUCGACAGUCAGGGGGCCGACGAUGUCGAGAGAGAAGCGUGCGCUGCUGACAGGCAUGGAAGGGCCCAGCAGCAGCAGCGGUAGCAGCAGCAGCGCCCCGGUGGCCACGGACGUGCAGGUCUCCAUCAUCGAGAGCGACGCGCUGCUGGAGCUCCGGUGCCCCGACAGGCGCGGCCUGCUGGUGGCCAUCAUGCAGGCGCUCCAGGAGCAGCUCCGGCUCGAGGUCACCUCCGUCCAGGCGUCGUCGGACCACGGCGUGCUGCUCGCCGAAAUGCGAGCCAAGGUGAGGGAGGUGCAUGGGAGGAGGAGCAGCAUUUCGCAAGUGAAGAGAGCGAUCCAUCUCAUCAUCUCAUCGGGAUGAGCGGAUGUGCAACAGAUCGGUACUAGCAUAUGCCAUCAGCUCUCCCUUGAUGCUUAUGAAUCGAUAAUAAGCACCCUUUGUCGAAAAAUUUCAUCAGGCUUAGUUUUUUUUAGCCUCUGUUCAUAUAUAUAUAUAUAUAUAUACACACGGUUUUGGUAAUUUACAUGCAGAUGAAAACAAUUCGCUUUCAUC